CUUGUUUUUAUAAUAUUAUAUUAUACUUUAAUUUAUUAAUGACAUAUUUUAAAAAAAUUUUAAACAAUAAUUAUUUAUACAACCUCUAAACAUGGGUCUACUGGAAACUUUUAAUUAUUAUUAUUACGAUUUGGCUGAUCAACGAAUAAGAGAUUGGUUUUUAAUGAAUAGCAUUUGGUAUCCAAUUAUAAUUACAUUGAUUUAUAUACUUAUGGUAUUUAAAUUGGCACCAGCUUACAUGAAAAAUCGACCAGCCUAUAAAUUAAAUACAUACAUUAAAUGUUACAAUCUAUUUCAAGUUUUUUCAAAUGCGUAUAUAGCUAUGGAAGCAUCACUUUGCUAUCCGUUUCUUCGUAGUUUUGAAUGUCGUCCCAUUGUUUACAAGACAGAUCCUUGCAGUAUGAUGAUAUUAAAAUGUGGUUAUAUCGGAAUGUUGUUAAAACUCAUUGACCUCACUGAAACAGUAGUUUAUAUAUUACGUAAGAAAAAUAAUCAAGUUACAUUUCUACAUUUAUACCAUCAUUUAAGUACCUUUUUAAUUGCUUCAAUCUUUCCAAGAUAUUUAUCUGUAGAUGUGGUUAUACUGGGUCCAAUUUUAAAUUGCUUUGUUCAUGUGAUAAUGUACUUUUACUACUUUCUUAGCAAUUUUACAGGUCCAAUUAAGGAAAUGAUCAUUCCUUUCAAACGCUACAUGACCCUCAUACAAAUGGGACAAUUUGUCAUUGUACUUGUACAAAUCUUAGUUAUCAUGAUACCAGGCUGUGAUAAGUUGCCAAAAUUUUUGAUAUAUACAAUGUUUGUGAAUAUUAUUUUUAAUUUUUGUUUGUUUUAUCGUUUUUACAAAGACACUUACAUUAAUAUAAAAAAGAAAAAUUGAGGACUACUGUUAGAUCCAUAUAAGGAAAUUAUCGCCACAAUAUGAUUUCAUCAUAUUUCAAUGUUA